AUGGGUCCAAAGAGGUCAUCGUGUCGUAGCGCUCGUGGUUCAGUUUGUGAGAGAAAUCCAGGCGAUGCUGGUGCUGCGACCGCGGAAGACUCGCCGUUCGCUCUUGACGAACAGGUAGAACCUGCAGGGGAACCAGGCGGUUCUUCAGAACGAAUAGGCUUCUGUGUGGAUGAAGAUGUGAUCCGACCUUCAGAACAAGCGCAAGCAUCCACGUCCGUUUUGGAGGGUCGUCGCGUUGUCGACAUCGGUCAUUUGUUUCGGUCGGUACAAGGAGCUUGCGACCAUGCCCCAUUCUCUUGCUCGUUCGCAGACAUGGCGUUCGUGUCCGAACAGAGACGCGGGCUGCACAGUUCCUUCACGUUCGUUUGCAAGAUGUGCAACAAAAAGGCUGUGAUUGAGUCUGAGGUACUUCCUCACACAGCGGAAGCAAAGUCUCGCAUGGACGUGAACACUGCCGCGGUCUCGGGAAUAAUUUCCGUUGGUUGCAAGUUAUCGAACUUGGCAGAGCUUUUAGCUUCAAUGAAUGUUGAAGAAGCGAGGCGCGCGAGGGAAUCUGGCGAGAUCGAUGCCGAAGGCUGUCCGCUUGUGACCGUCGUUGCGGACGGUGCAUGGUCAAAGCGAUCUUACAAGAACAAAUACGACGCUCCUUCUGGCAUGGCAGCUAUUGUUGGCCACAGUACCCACAAAGUCCUGUUCCUUGGCGUCAGGAACAAGUUUUGCAUAAUGUGCGCAAGAACGAAGCCCGGAGAAACGCCGCCAGACCACAGGUGCUUCAAGAACUGGCAGGGGAGCUGA